AUGAAAGUAAGGAUACUUUGGAGACGACUAGCGGCGGCGGUGGCGGCGGCGAGUCUGGCGUUGGUGCUGUUAUGUGGCCACAGCAUUUGGCAGAGGUGGAGCAGGCCGCCGCAGCCGAGCGCUUACACACGGGGCGAGCGGGUGCAGCUGCUGGUGGACAAUAUAUGGACGGACCGCGAGGUGUGGGGGUACUACGAGACCCUGUUCACGUGCCCGCCGCCAGCUGAGGCGCGGGCGAUAUACGGCAGCCUGGGACAGGUGUUCCGGCGAGAGAUGCCGUGGGAGAGUAAUUACGUGCUGCAUGUGCGGGCGGAGACACAAUGCCAGCCGCUGUGCAUGCGGGAGCUGCGGCCGGACUCGCACCGGCGGCUAAUCCAGAUGAUCCGGGAUGGCGCGCAGGUGCGGUGGACGCUGGAUGGGCUACCGGCGGCUACAACGUACCCCGACAGACAAAGCAGCUACCGCUAUGAGGCGGGGUUCAAGCUGGGCGAGGUGGACGCGGAGACGGGGCAUGUGCGCCUGCAUAACCACGUGAUGCUGGUGGUGCGCUACCGCAUCCUGGACGACGGCCGCUACGUGAUUGUCGGCUUCGAGGCGUACCCUCGCUCGGUGGCUGGCGAGGGAUGCACUGGUGGGCAAACGGAAUACGAGCACUUCUGGCUGAAUCCCGACGCGCAGGCGAUGAUCAUGGUGCCGUUCACCUACGCUGUAUACUGGCGCUACCAGUCCGCGGUGAAGUGGAACGAGCGCUGGCGCCUGUACUCGGACUUGCAGCAACUUACCGGCAUAGUCCAGUCACCGGGUAGCCUUGUAUUGAGCCGCGGACUGUUUGCCGCAAUGGUCGGAACUCUUGUCCUUGGAAUGGCAUCUGCAUAUCUGAACAAGCGCUGUCCGGCAACAAUGCACACAUUGGUAACUCUGCUGCAAGAGGACAUGGUAGGAUCGGAGUUUUUCCAUGGUUUGGUGGGCGCGGGACUUCAAACGAUGUCUCUUGCGGCAGCAUAUGCCCUGGUGGAGUGUGAAAAUGAUAAGGCGCAUGGUGUUACGCAUGUUACAAUUGUUCUCGCAGCGACCAUAUGCGCUUUGGGAGCGUAUUUAGCAGCAUUUUACGGGGUGUGGACAUGGGCAACUACGCAAAGUGUGGUUGUGCAUCGAUACAUUAAGCGCAGUGUGAUAUGUGGCUCGGCAAUUCCAAUCCUGCUGUUUGUGACUGCCGCAAUAGUGCAUCUCAUAGUCAUGCUCAGCGACAGGACCCGUGGUAUACCCUUUGCGACUGAACUAGCAGUCCUGGCGCUAUAUAUUCCAGCGAGUGCCAUACUCUCUGUGUUUGGGGGGUUUACGGCUUUCUCGAUUCUACGCACUCGCGAAGAUCGAGUCGCACUCCUAGAUUCCAAGGGGAAAUGGGCGUCGGCAACUUCUGAGCAGAAGACAACUAAUGAAAACUCGACCGGCAGAAGUCGAUUAACACGCAUCGCUUCAGUACUAUACUCGUUGCUGGCCGGUGUGCCGCCGUUCAUCCUGGCGAAGUCACUGGUGCAGGCGACUUACUCAACCGUCGCAGUUGCAAAGAGCGCCCUCGAGUUGGAUGCUUUUAUUUUUAGUGCACUAGCGCUGCAGUGUCUCGUCGUUGUUGAGGUUUGCAUAGGUACAAUGCUAGCCCAGAUAUUCUGGAGCCAGAUAUUCCAAAUUACUGGCUGUGAAUACCCAAAACCUCGAAAAGGCGUUCUGUAUUCGUGGCGCUGGAAGCUUUUCGGCGUAGGCGGCGCCGCCGCCUGGUAUCUGGAGGCACACGCAAUACACUCCAUCCGGCAUGCCUACGCGCAUUUGGGGUCCCCCAACAUUAUACUAGCAAUUUUCUAUGCCACUGUGCUUAAUAUCGCAUACUGGCUGGUGUUCGGCGCCUUUGGAUACCUGGUGUGCAGCGGCCUGAUGUACUCUAUCCAGGGCAGAGCAGAUAUCUAUCGACAGCAUUAA